AGGUUCAUUCAUAAAAUUUGACGCGCUCUAGAAGACAAGGUAUAUAGCAUUUAGCUGAAGGAUAUCGUACAGUUAACACAAACUAGCAGGUGUCAAGUGAACUACAGCAGUUUAAUAUAGUGUAAAAGGAAGUUAGAUAUUCUUGAGUGUAAUUGUGGACAUUAAUCCAUGGCCCUUAUAGAAGAAGAUAGCAUAGAGUUUUUAGAAGAUCAAAUCGUCCCAGACCAAGACGAUUUGUUUCUACCACCAACCGAAGCUGCCUGGAAUGUAAAAUCCGGGGAUUUCGACAGGUACCUACACCUUACCGACCAAGGCCCUGCUGCCAAGAAGCUGCGCCGUGAAAGCUCGUCACUUGUCGACGAGUUUUUCCAGGAUGACUUCAAAGGCACCCCGGAACUCAACAAUGCCAAACACAUUGUUAACCAGGGGCUGCUGGGAAGGAAACGAUUCCUGGACCUGAACAACCUGAGAACCGGGCUGUUCAACUCCCCGAAGUCCGAUGUCUUCAGAAGAGAAAUCUCGCCCUUGGCCGAGGAGGUCCGAGAAGACGGUUUACAACGAGUGGGUCUCAUCAAGUCACCGGCCAAGACGACGAAAAUUGACCUUAGUGAAACGAUGAUGGACCCCGCCUCUAUGAUGAGCGGGGGUUACGUGGAUCUGCGAGAACAGAGUAAACAUGUGGACGAUUCAAUCUGGGAGGACGUGAAAGACAGUAUUGAUAUGGUGAAUUCUAAAGACUCAAAUUCAAAUGACCCCAUAGUGAUUAAACAAGAAGAUUCAGACAUUUCAUUUAAACCAGCAUGCCAGUUUCAAAAUUCUAGAAUCCCUUCUUUUGAGAACAUUUCUGUGAAAAUUGAACCAUCCACUUCAAGUUGUCUUUUGGCGGGUUCCAACUCGACAGAGAGCUUGACCACUAGGCCUAAGUCUCUCUCUGUGUCCCAACAACAGAUGAUGUUCUCUCAAUCACCCUCUCCUGUCGCCCAAUACAUGGCACAGUUAAAUAGUAUUGCAAUGAACAAAUCCCAUAUGACGUCAUCGACAUUUUCGACGGCAACGCCCCCACAUAUGGUCCCAGUAUUCCUCCCUCCAACGCCCCCUAAUUCGGAGCCCAACAGUCCUAGUCAAGACGUGCCCAUGAGGCGCACUCCCCCUCCGCCGUACCCAGGGGUUCAGCGACAUCAGAGCUACAACACCCUCAACAUCCAGCCCAUUCCCUACACCCCAGUCCCCCCUAGGACCUCCAACAAAGUCCAGGCCACUCACCCAGGGUGCUCCACAAUCAAGUACAACAGAAAAAAUAACCCUGACCUAGAAAAAAGAAGGAUCCAUUUCUGCGAAUUUCCAGGUUGCAGAAAAGCCUACACAAAAAGCUCACAUCUGAAAGCUCACCAGAGAAUUCACACAGGUGAAAAACCAUACAAAUGUCAUUUCCAAAACUGCCAGUGGCGCUUUGCUAGAUCCGAUGAGCUCACUCGUCAUAUACGAAAACACACAGGAGCCAAGCCUUUCAAAUGUAAAGUCUGCGAGCGGUGCUUCGCCCGUUCCGACCAUCUCGCUCUUCACAUGAAGCGCCAUGAACCCAAAUCCAAGUGAAAACUCUCCACCCACCCGGAGAACAUUUUUGGUGAAACCCAUCUUUGCUUUUUUGGAGCCACUUUGGGUGCGCAUUUGAUCGGCACUGCCUUGGUAGAACUGGUAUUGCCAUAAACCAUUUUUUCUUUGGCAACCAGGAGGUUGGAUAGUGAGAGGGUUCGAUUAGACACACCGGUUGUCUAAAUUGUUGUCAAGACUUUGUUUUGAAUGACAGAAUGCUAAUUGUAGAUGGCAUAUAGACUUGUUAAAGGCAGCUAUGCGACACUUGGGCUAUCUGGUGCAAACGAGACAGAAGUUGUCUGAGAAGACUUUAGAUUAAUUUGUUGUUAUCAGUGUUUACUUGUUAACUUAUGGACAGUUAUAGUCAUUUGUUGUAGUUCUACAAAUAAUCAAUUGAAUGAAUCACGCACUACUUAAAGCCAUAUGCCAUCGUUGACGCAGUUGGGCAACAGCCAAUUAGCGCAACGAAGCAUGAAAAACGAUUUAAGAAGGCGAAAAACAGCUUUAAACAAAAUAAAUGUAUUGCAUUGAGACACAAAUGACUACUUGAGAAUUCCCACACUUCCGCUUGUACUAGCCAUGUUCCUUAUGUUGUUAAAUCUGUAGAAAUUCCAUGCAUACGGGUCCUUGACCAAUCAUGUAUUCGCUUUGUUGCAGAUGCCUGCAAGUUGUUUUCAUUGUGAGAUAGCCGUUAUUUCUUGGUUGUUGUGAUAUAAAUCUCUUUCGCCAUUUUGUGUUAUUAACAGUGUGUAUACCUGUUCCCGUGCUCAAUCAAUUGAGAACUAGUUUUUAUGAAAUAUUUUUAUUUGUAUAUUUGAUGUAUUAUUUCAAUUUUUAAAUAGUUUAUUUCAUGAAUAAAUAUUGAAAAAACAACAA